AUAGCAAAGGUUAUAUUUAUACAACCAACAUAGAAAUGUUAAAGAGUAUUGUCAAUAACAUAUUAUUUAUUAUUUGAAGUGUAAUAUAUGAAAUGAAGUAGUCCAAAGGAAUCAUUGUGUGUGUGAGAGAGAGAUGGCAUAGACUUGACACCAAAUAUACCUAACACAACCAAAAUAUGCUUCACUGAACACCAAGAAAGAGACUGUUGACUGUUCUUUCUCUUAAUUUCUUUUCUUAUAAUCCUUGUUGAAGUUGACGACUCACCUUACUUUUCUUUUCUUUUUCCAUUUCUCUAAUAUCAUAUUUUGUUUCUCAAAACAAAAAUAUUAUUAUUUGGUUCUUCAUUUGUUUCACUCUUUUUAAUUUGAUGAAGCACAGAAAACUCUUCCCCUCACCCGAUGGAUCAACCAACGGUACCGAAUGUACGGACUUCUGUGACCCUUUCUUUGGUUAUUACUACACACAACCACCACCACCUCCUCCACCGCCGUUAACGUCAUCUCUCUCCGUUACCCAUCAAAUUAACGACGAGAGCCAUGACAUCUCUCCCUCCGUUAUCGUUUUAGUCACGUUAUUCGCCAGUCUUUUGCUCUUGUUGGGAUACUACGUCGUCGUUUCAAAGUCGUGCCUUGGUUUAUGCCGAGCGAGGAGGAACGAUAGCUAUGAGGAGGAAGAGGAGGCUCUUCCGCCGUCUCAAUUGGACGGCGGAGAUGAAGAGUUUAUAGAUGGGAAUCAUCAACACCAUCCCAUUUGGUUCAUCACCACCGUUGGUCUCCAACAGUCGAUUAUUAACUCCAUUACGGUUUGUAGGUACAGAAAAGGAGAAGGGUUAAUCGAAGGGACGGAUUGUUCUGUUUGCCUAAACGAGUUUCGAGAAGAUGAAACGCUUCGUCUUCUUCCCAAGUGUAGUCACGCGUUUCAUAUACCUUGUAUCGAUACCUGGUUAAGAUCUCACACCAAUUGCCCUCUUUGCCGUGCCCACAUCGUUAAUGAAGGUUCCGUUUCCACCAUGGCUGGGGGGCCGGUGAAUCAAAAUCAGGAGAUUUCGGUAAAUACUGAAGAGACCCAGAUGGGGAAUUCUGAUGUUCACUCUCAAAUGAGUGAGAAUCGUGUCAGAGUUGGGGCAGAGGAGGAUGAUGUUGAUGAUAACCAAGGUGAUUGUGAUGAUCAAUCAAAGGAUAAUCCAGAGAUAGCGAUGGAAGACGGCGAAAGACGAGUAGUUAAAAGGUCUGUUUCUAUGGAUUCUUCAUUGAUUGCUGAGAAUUUUGAAAGAUCAGAUUGUGCUGUGAAUCUGAAACAAGAAGAUGACGAUGAUGAUGAUGAUUGUUCCUCGAGUAUGGUUGAUAAUGGAUUACUAAAACGACAUCCUUCAAUGUCGUAUGGUCUUAGCAUAAGCCCUGUUGCCAUGAAAAGAUCAUACUCUUGUGGAGGGAGGUUUUUGCCAUCUAAACGAAACCAGAGACCAAAUUCGAUUCUUCCAUUGUAAACUUUUUUCUGCCUUUUGAGGAGAGUUAUAAACAGAAAAUUUUGAGUUGUAAUGCCAUAAUAUUCUUCGCCAGAAGUAAAACAAACAAAAUUACAACUUUCUGUAUAAAGUAUGAUAUAUUUCCAAAGUGUAUGAACUAAUUCAUGGUACUUUCUUUCUUUUUUUUUUUAAUAAAAGUAAAUUUUCAUUAACCAAAACAA